AGUCGGACUUUUAGGAGGAGUUGAAAAAAGUGAGCAAAUGUGGCAAGAAGUUCUUAAUACUUUAAGCUCUCACGUUGCAUUUAGAGGCGGAAUACAGAGCAAUAAUGCAAUAGAACUUAGUUACAAUCAUUUACCAGCUCAUUUGAGACCAUGCUUACUUUACUUUGCAGCAAUCCCAGAGGAUGCAGCAUUUGUAGCUUCGAAAUUGAUAAAUCUAUGGAUAUCUGAAGGAUUCAUAGACAUUAUAGAGAAAGAGAGAGUAGAAGAUGUUGCAAGGGAUUGCUUGAAUCAUUUGGUUGGUAGUAACCUAGUUAUGGUGUUUAGAAGAGAGUAUGAUGGUCGCAUCUUAUCAUGUGGUGUUCAUGAUUUGGUACGUGACUUUUGCUUAACAAAAGUUCAAGAUGAAAAUUUCUUGCACAUAAUUAAGAUGGAAAAUAUGUUGGAUAAUCCAACUCUAGAGUUGACUCCACAUCGAAUAUCUUUCCAUAGAUAUAGUGCUCAACAUGAGCUUCUUAAUGAAUUGGUACCUUGGAAUUCUUCUAUCCACACACUUUUGGGUUUUAGAAAUAUUUACACUCCUGUUGGUCAAUAUAUUUAUAAUGGCUCAUGGCUUGCUAACAAAUUUGAACAUCUCACAAUCUUGGAUUUAGAGUUUAUUUUAGUGGACAAAUCAAUUAUGUUCGAAGUAAACUCAUUAAUUCAUCUAAGGUACCUAGCUCUCAUAUUAUGUGGAAGUGGUUCUAUCUCUCCAUGGUUACUCGAGAAUCUUGAAUGUCUCAUAACGUUAAGGUUGGCUUCAGUAGAAGAAGUGCAUUUGCCAAAAUUUUUUUGGAAUAUGCGAAGUUUGAGACAUAUGGUUAUCGGCCACUCCUGUUUAGAGUCAUGCCCAAUGGAAGGACCAUCAGUUAUGGAACCAAUUCCCCAUGGUUCAGAAAUCUUACAAACCUUGGAUUUGAGAACUAGUCUCGCUAUAACGGACACACAUUUAUUGAGGAAACUUCCUGGUCUCAAAUAUUUGAGGUGUAGGGUCUCAAAAUUAUAUCCAUUUGCUGAAAUUGAGUUUCUCCAUCAUCUUGAGUCUCUUACGUUAAUCACCCGCGACGCGGGUAAUUCACAUCUUCUUAAUGAUCUUAAACUCACCAAGUUUCCAUCAAAUGUUAAGGAAAUACGUUUCUCUGGGAUUACUCUUUCAUCGUCUGCAAUCUCAAUAAUUGCUCAACUCUCCAAGCUCGAGGCUCUAACACUAUCGCAAUGCUUGUUCGAUGAGGGUUUAGAAUGGAAUGUGGAUGAGGAAACCCAAUUUUGCAAACUCAAAUACCUAAAACUGUUCAUUCUUAAUGGUACAAGAUUUUGGAUUGUUAGCAAUGCUGCUGAGUCCUUUCCUUGCCUCGAGCAACUAAUUCUGGUUGGAUGUGAUCAGUUAGAGGGGUUGUCAUAUAGCUUCGCAGAUAUUUCAACAUUGAAACUAAUCAGUGUGGUGAACUGUCCCGGAGUUCACAGUUCAGUGAAGGAAAUCCAAGAAGAGCUACAGAAUAUGGGAAGUGAGCAACUCACUGUUCAUAUUAAUUGAGAGUUCGUGGUGACAAAAACAAAUCCUCUCUCCCUUGCUAGUUUGAUAUGCGGGCAAUCCGGGCAUGGAGUAAUCACAACUUGUUAUUACUUUUUUUUCUUUUUUUUUUUUAACUUAAUAAUAAUGUUUUUCUUUGUCUUUUUAUUUUAGUGUAAUCUUUCUUUUAUGUUUAAUCAGUACUGUAAAAAGGCACAUCCUUGUUUUUUAGCAUCUUUGGGCGUGUUAUGAACCCUCCCUAUUGUAUUUGAUUUCAAUAUAAUACCGCCUUUAUUAGGA